AUGUUCCUUGCUCUUGCUUCUCACAAUCAGCCAUAUCAGUGCAGCAUCUGUGGCAAAUCUUUCUCUCUUAGUAGGAACCUAACUUCUCAUAAAUAUAUUCAUACAGGAGAGACACCAUAUUCUUGUGAUAUCUGUGGUAAAUCAUUCACUCAUAGUGGGAACUUAACUGCUCACAAACGUUUCCAUACAGGAGAGAAGCCAUAUCAGUGCAACAUCUGUGGCAAAUCUUUCUCUGCCAGUAGGAACCUAACUACUCAUAAAUAUAUUCAUACAGGAGAGACACCAUAUUCUUGUGAUAUCUGUGGUAAAUCAUUCACUCAAAUUGGGAACUUAACUGCUCACAAAAAUAUUCAUACAGGAGAGAAGCUGUAUCACUGCGACAUCUGUGGCAAAUCUUUCUCUCUUAGUAGGAACCUAACUAUACAUAAGCGUAUUCAUACAGGAGAGAAGCCAUAUCAGUGCAACAUCUGUGGCAAAUCUUUCUCUCUUAGUAGGAACCUAACUAUACAUAAGCGUAUUCAUACAGGAGAGAAGCCAUAUCAGUGCAACAUCUGUGGCAAAUCUUUCUCUCUUAGUAGGAACCUAACUACACAUAAGCGUAUUCAUACAGGAGAGAAGCCCUAUCACUGUGAUAUCUGUGGUAAAUCAUUCUCUCAAAAUGGGUGUUUAACUGCUCACAAACGUAUUCAUACAGGAGAGAAGCCAUAUCAGUGCAACAUCUGUGGCAAAUCUUUCUCUGUCAGUAGUACCCUAACUACUCAUAAACGUAUUCAUACAGGAGAGACACCAUAUUCUUGUGAUAUCUGUGGAAGGUCAUUCACUCAACAUGGCAGCUUAACUUCUCACAAACGUGUUCAUCAGGGGAAGAAGCAAUCCCACUGAUAUUUGUGCUAAAUCAUAAUCUGUAAGGGGUGACUGAACCCUUUACCAUGCAGAUUAUUCUGUCGAAUGUGAGGGUUAUUUAUUCCCAUUAUUUUCAAUUUGUCCUGCAUUAACCCACAGCUUUCAAAUUUUGAUGAUAUGAUUGUGUAUUUUCACAAUGACAUUGUAGGGUAGGUGUUAGAAGCCGACUCUGACUAGUUUGAUCAUAAAAUAGGUAGAAUAUUUGGGCCAGAUAUGGCUGGUUUAAAUUCUAAAGAGUGGACACUAGAUGUACCAACACUUCUUACUUCUCACAAGGACCAUAAGGGGCCAUUAUUGACUGCCAUUGAAAAUAUUUCAUCAUCAUCAUUUAACGUCCGUUUUCCAUGCUAGCAUGGGUUGGACGGUUCAACUGGGGUCUGGGAAGCCAGUCAUUAUCAUCAUUGUUCGACCGUGGUCGAGACAAUGGA